AUGAGCCAGUCGCAAGAUGCCGAUUUUGCAGAUAACGUCACUGCCUUCGAGCUUGGCACUACUGAACCCGUCCCUCACAGAACUGCAAUGAAAUACCAACGUAUCGAUACAACACGAGGAUAUACUGCAAAGGAAAAGAAAUGCCUUUCCCAAGUGGAUCCAGACUGGAUUGAUGAGCCAACUAAUUCCCUGACGAAAAUGAAAACUGACAGACAUGUUGCUGAAGACCUUAAUCGUAGAAGCCAGAUUCUCAUAGGAUUAAGCUCCAACUUAGCAUCACCAAAUCUAAUGAAGCUGCGGCAUACCUUAUGGAAACAGAUUCACAUUCGAAAUGGUCCAAUAUUUCCUACUCCCGCCAACAACAAGCCAAUCAGUCAUUGUCAUCCCUUCCAAAUUAUUGCAAACUUUGCUUAG